AGUAAUUAAUGGCAGGGAAGUAUAAUCCUUAUGACACAAAACUCUGCCAGUCUGCGCCGCGUUUACGCCUUGUUCAGGUUGACCCUCGUGGUGAAACAGUAUAAAAAUCCCAACGAGUUUCGAAGAAGUCAUAUGACAAAUAUUUUUCAACAUGGCUCGGUCACUGUUGUUAUUCGUGUUUAUGGUGUCGGGUGUCUUUGCUGGACGCUAUUUUAACGAGAAGCAGCCAUGCUAUAGACCCAAGCUGAACAAGCACAAUGGAUUCAGGACGAUGCCCCGACCCUACGAGUUCCUUGAAGCCAAUGAGCUCCCCAAGGCCUGGGACUGGAGGAACAUCAACGGCACCAACUACGUCAGCACUACCCGCAACCAGCACAUCCCCCAGUACUGUGGCUCCUGCUGGGCACACGGAAGCACCAGCGCCAUGGCAGAUCGCAUAAACAUCAAGCGGAAGGGAGCCUGGCCCUCUGCCUAUCUGUCAGUCCAAAAUGUGGUGGACUGUGGUGAGGCUGGCUCCUGUCAUGGAGGUGAUCACACUGGGGUGUGGGAGUAUGCCAACAAACAUGGCAUCCCUGAUGAGACCUGCAACAACUACCAGGCCAUUGAUCAGACAUGCAAACAGUUUAACCAGUGUGGAACCUGCACCACAUUCGGGGUCUGCAACAUCAUCCAGAACUACACCCUGUGGAAGGUCGCAGACUUCGGCCCUGUCAGUGGGAGGGAGAAGAUGAUGGCUGAGAUCUACGCUGGUGGACCGAUCAGCUGUGGGAUCAUGGCAACAGACAAGUUGGACGCCUACACAGGAGGCCUGUACUCUGAGUAUAUACAGGAGCCCUACAUCAACCACAUUGUGUCCGUUGCCGGCUGGGGCCUGGAUGAGAAUGGUGUGGAGUUCUGGAUUGUCCGCAACUCCUGGGGAGAGCCCUGGGGAGAGAAGGGCUGGUUGAGGAUCGUGACCAGCGCCUACAAGGGAGGAAGUGGCAGUCAGUACAACCUGGCCCUGGAGGAAGACUGCAUGUAUGGAGAUCCCAUCGUUCCCAAGACCUACAUGUAGACAACCGGCAGUGAAGCCAACCAGUUUAUUUUAAACACAAUGCUGUCUAUUCUAUGCAUAUCUACAGUUUUCUAUGACAAUAUCAGGCUACAUCGACAUUUUAACACUGUAAAAUCAGGGAAAGGGAAUACAUUCAGUUUGUGGCAACAAGACGUGCUUUGCCUUGGGAACAAGUGUGACUGCAGAUGUGCACAAUUAGCCAAAGAUCAAUGCCAGUAAGCAAACAAAUUGCUGUCAAUGUUUGCAGGGGUAGCCUUCAUCAAUUCUGAUGCUAUGUCUUUUGUUCAUGAUAAUUAACUCAAGGAUUGUAUCAAGGCACUGACUUGUGAUUUCAGUGCUGACAGUUUAUUUACAUUUCUAUGUUUGACUGUACAAGUUGAAUCAUUGACUUAAAAAAUUUAACUUGUAUUUAAUCUGGGUCUUAUUGUUUUUUUAAAAAUGUAAUAAAAUUUGAGUUUCAAUAUGGA